UCCUUUUCAGUUUGUAAAAUCGCCUCGAACGGUUCGGAACGCGCGCGCGAAGAGAUCGGACGGCCUACUCCCCGGAAAGAAAGAAAUAAAAGAGGAAGGAGGCGCCCCAAAAAGAAAUCGAGUGUAGUUCAGUAGUGGAAUAGUCCUCAGUUUAGUUUUGCCAUUUUCCUCAACUUCAACUUCAAGCCCCAAACGGUGGUUUUCCUGCGCUUUCACUGAGUUUUCCUGCGGGCAGGGCCCCAUAAGAGUCCCAGUAUCGGAACUAUGUUUAUGGGCAGAGCGUAACGAGGACGCAGGAUGAGAGAAUAGCGCCAUUAUGUCCAAUCCAACACCAACCUAUGGUGGUCCGAGGUCUUGAGACCUGAUCCCCAGUGGGUGCCGCAGAGUGGAUCGGAGGAAGUGAGAGGAGAGUCUGGUGCCUUGGACGAAGGCAAACUUAACUGCAAAAACCGUGGGCAAGGACAACGAAAAGCAUUCAGGUUGGCCAGAGCAAAUCAAAACAAAGUAAUCCCAAGAAAGAACAGACAUUAAACCCACACAAGACUCUCACCAAAAGAGCGGAAAACAAAACAAAAAAGCACUCAAAAUCCUACACUGAAAACCAAAUUACACAGAAAAAAAAACAUUUUCAAUCAGUUUUUUAGUUUUAAAUACUUUUUAACAAGCUUUAAUUUUGAGUUCUUGACCAAGACCAUGACUUAUAUACCUAAAAAAAUGCAACACUAUGCGCAUGCAGCCAUGAAUCUGAUCAAUAUGGACUCGGAGAACCGGGUGGUGCUCAAUGUGGGUGGCAUUAGGCACGAAACCUACAAGGCCACGCUGAAGAAGAUUCCGGCUACGCGAUUGUCGCGAUUGACAGAGGCCCUGGCCAACUAUGACCCGAUACUGAAUGAGUACUUCUUUGAUCGGCAUCCGGGAGUCUUCGCACAAGUGCUCAACUAUUACAGAACCGGCAAACUGCACUAUCCUACGGAUGUAUGCGGACCGCUGUUCGAGGAGGAAUUGGAGUUUUGGGGCCUAGACUCGAACCAAGUGGAGCCCUGCUGCUGGAUGACGUAUACGCAGCAUCGCGACACCCAAGAAACCCUGGCCGUAUUGGAUCGUCUCGAUCUGGAUACGGAAAAACCGUCCGAAGAGGAAUUGGCACGCAAAUUCGGCUUCGAGGAGGACUACUACAAAGGCACUAUAUCCUGGUGGCAGGAGAUGAAGCCACGCAUUUGGUCCUUGUUCGAUGAGCCCUACAGUUCCAAUGCAGCUAAGACCAUUGGCGUGGUUUCGGUGUUCUUCAUAUGCAUUUCGAUCCUGUCGUUCUGCCUGAAGACCCACCCCGACAUGCGGGUGCCCAUCGUCCGGAAUAUUACAGUGAAAACUGCCAAUGGAAGUAACGGCUGGUUUCUGGACAAAACCCAGACCAAUGCGCACAUAGCCUUCUUCUAUAUUGAAUGCGUUUGCAAUGCCUGGUUUACCUUUGAAAUAUUGGUGCGCUUUAUCUCAUCGCCGAACAAGUGUGAAUUCAUCAAGUCAUCUGUUAACAUCAUAGAUUACAUAGCGACGCUUAGUUUUUAUAUCGAUCUAGUGCUUCAGCGGUUCGCAUCGCACCUGGAGAACGCUGACAUCCUCGAGUUCUUCUCGAUCAUCCGCAUCAUGCGUCUGUUCAAGCUGACGCGCCACUCGUCCGGCCUGAAGAUUCUGAUCCAGACGUUCCGGGCCUCGGCCAAGGAGCUAACCCUGCUGGUGUUCUUCCUCGUCCUGGGCAUCGUGAUCUUCGCCAGCCUCGUCUACUACGCGGAGCGCAUCCAGCCGAAUCCGCACAAUGACUUCAACAGCAUCCCGCUGGGCCUGUGGUGGGCCCUAGUCACCAUGACCACCGUCGGCUACGGGGACAUGGCGCCCAAGACCUACAUCGGCAUGUUCGUGGGUGCCCUUUGCGCCCUUGCCGGCGUACUAACCAUUGCACUGCCAGUGCCCGUCAUCGUCAGCAACUUCGCCAUGUACUACUCGCACACGCAGGCCAGGGCCAAACUGCCAAAGAAGCGGAGACGAGUGCUUCCCGUGGAACAGCCGCGGCAACCCAGACUGCCAGGUGCCCCUGGCGGUGUCAGUGGCUGCGGUACCCCGGGCUCGGGUCCCCAUUCCGGUCCCAUGGGAUCCGGCGGAACUGGACCACGUCGCAUGAACAAUAAAACGAAGGACCUGGUCAGCCCCAAGUCAGGUCCGCUGGGCGCAAGCAUUGUGGCCAUGAGUCCCAGGACAAUGUUGGAUCUCAAUCCUGCCCUGGCCAUGGGCAAGCCCACGUUUCAGCCCCGCAUACCCACACCCUUGGCAGCCACACCACCUCCCAGUUCCGGCGGGGUGACGACAUCUGGGACUGGAACCACGGGAACAGUGACCGCCACUGCACCACCAGCACCGCCAACCUCGGUGCCCAGCAUUGCCGUGUCCACCACAGCGAGUGUGGGCAAGGAUUCGGGCAUCUCGACCACCACAACCACGGCGCAGGACACCAGCAAGAAGGCCUUCCUCUAAGCCGGGAGCCACGAGACUCAAGCCACCUGAUAUCUAUCCAAUCACGAUUCCCAUAUCCCCCAAUAAGCAAUAUCUAUUCGAUAUCAUACAUAGCCUUCGCAUA